GUUUACAAACUAGAAGAAGCAUCGGCAAUUAUUUAAUUUGUGGUAGCAAAAGGCCACUCAAUGAAUACAUAAAAAGUAUAUAAGCUACUCAUCCCUCGUGCUAUUCUUUUAAUGUACAAAGUUCUCGCAAGGUCGUGUAAUCUUUUCCUAGUUCAAAGUAAACAUUCCACCCACACAUCUACAAAUCUCUUAAGUACAAUUCCAACGUUAACUAAAUUAAAAAUGUCUGAGGAAAAACCAAAAAUUGUUUUUGUGUUGGGUGGUCCAGGAGCUGGAAAAGGAACACAAUGUUCGAAAAUCGUUGAACGUUUCCAGUUCGUACAUCUGUCAGCUGGUGACUUACUCAGGGAGGAAAGGGCUCGUAAGGGGUCUGAGGUUGGAGCUUUAAUCGAAGACUAUAUACGUAAUGGAAAAAUUGUACCGGUUGAGGUGACGUGUUCCUUACUAGAAGCGGCUAUGAAAAAAUCGGAUAAAAAUAAAUUCCUCAUCGAUGGUUUUCCCCGUAACCAAGACAAUUUGGAUGGUUGGAAUAGGCAAAUGUCGGAUAAAGUGGAUUUUCAAUUUGUUUUGUUCUUCAACUGCUCCGAAGAAGUAUGUGUUAAUCGCUGUUUGAGUCGUGGACAGAGUGGUUCUGGACGUUCUGAUGAUAAUAUGGAGAGUUUGAAAAAGCGUAUACAAACCUAUAACAACGAUUCACUUCCCAUUAUAAAGCAUUUUGAAGAGAUUGGAAAAGUGAAACAAAUCGAUGCCAGUCCCAGUUCGGAUGAAGUUUUCUCCAAGGUCGAGGAGGUGUUUACCCAAAGUGGAUUUUAAGCUAUUAUAGUUAAAUAUAGAAACAGUUGCUACUGUUUGUUUUUGCUGCAUUAUGAACCUUAAGUCUUAAAUUAUUGCUGAUAUGCUUAGAAUUUAUCCUAUCGCUGUAAAGUUAGUUCAAAUUUGUGGACGAGGAGAUUUUUAAAAAAUGAAAUAAUUAUGGUAUAUUGCAAUAAAAGAAGUCCCAAAACGUA